UUGAGGGGUGAUCGCGCCUGCGCAGAUGGUUGGAAAUUCAUUUCGUGGGUUUCUUUCGAUGACUGACUGAGGGUGUGAGUGAGAGGGAGCGUGUAACGGACAGGGUGAGAUUUGGGUCCACGCUGAGGCUUGCGGUUUGCGGCUGGCGGUGUGUGUUCGCGUGGACAGUAGCAACGGUGCCGCAGAAAAUUAUAAAAUACGGAAAGGGGGAGAGACGAGGAAGAAGCGCCUGGAAUGAAAGGAGCGUAACCGGAGCAGAACAGGGAGAAAAGGCACGACAGUUACCGCGGCAGACACUACAGUGACAGACGACAGGGACUGGGAAAGAGCAAGUGAGAGAAACAGGGGGGAGAAAGAGAGGGACGAGUUGUGAAUUGUUAGCAGUAGAUAACACCGCACAAGGCACUGACAGAGGGAAAGCUUGCAGACUGGUGUUGGCAUGGCAGACGCAGAUUUGGACUUCACAACGGGCGAUGCCGGGGCAUCCGCCACCUUCCCCAUGCAGUGCUCCGCCCUGCGCAAGAAUGGCUUUGUGGUGUUGAAAGGGCGGCCCUGCAAGAUCGUUGAGAUGUCCACCUCCAAGACGGGCAAGCAUGGACACGCUAAGGUCCACAUGGUGGGCAUAGACAUCUUCUCUGGCAAGAAGUAUGAGGACAUCUGUCCCUCCACUCACAACAUGGACGUCCCCAAUAUCAAGAGGAUGGACUACCAGUUGAUCGGCAUACAGGACGGGUACCUUUCUUUGCUCCAGGACAGCGGUGAGGUCCGGGAGGACCUAAAGAUGCCCGAGGGAGACCUGGGCAAGGAGAUUGAGAGUAAAUAUGAAGGCGGCGAGGAGAUCCUGAUCACCGUUCUGUCCGCGAUGAACGAGGAGUCGGCGGUCGCUAUCAAAGCCAUGGCUAAAUAAAGUGCUGCAGGGGGAGACACGCCAGUGGCCAUGUUUGCAUUUACAUGCCAGCUUUCCGAAUUCUUAAGAAUGAGGAGUACAGUAUGUGAAUUUCAAUUUUCCCUACACAAUAAAGUUACAGAUCCAGAUAAACCUACAAUUCCAAGUAU